AUUACAGUGUGGUCAGCUGCUGCUGCCAUCCAGGUUAACAUCCCUAACGAUCAGUAUGAGUUCGCCAAAGGAGACAACAUCACACUGCCCUGCACAUUUACAAGCGCUCUACCCAGUCCAAAACUGAUCAUUAUCACAUGGUCUGCUGGUGAAGACGAGGUUCUGAAAUACUAUCACCCCAGUGGAGACAUAGACAUUCUAUUAGAAGGCCGGGCGUCUCUGGAUGUAAAUGUUAAUGGUGGAACUGGGAAAGCUGACCUUAAGCUUUACUCUGUCACAUCGGCAGACAACAACAAAUAUAAGUGUCAUAUAAAUAUCCCCAAAGACGACAAAGGCAAAAAUACUGACACAGCAACAUUGACUGUUCUAGUGGCUCCAUCUAAACCCAUCUGCAAGAUUCAGGGUACAGCAACGUACGGCCAAAACAUUAACCUCACCUGUGUUUCUGAGGAAGGGUCUCCUCCUCCAACUUACAAGUGGAACAGUUAUGAUGUCCUAAACAAUCCUCGCGCUAAUGACCCUAGAACCACUGAUAAGGGAGGCAUCCUGUCUCUGUACAACAUCACCAAAGAGACCUCUGGAUUCUACAUCUGCACCUCACAAAACAAGAUUCGCUCAGCUUCCUGCAACCUCACACUCUCAGUCUUACCACCAUCCAUGAACAUUGCUUCAACUGCAGGAAUCAUUGGAGGAGUCGUUGCAGCUUUGAUCAUACUGAUCGUUAUUAUCUAUUGCUUUUGCUGCCGAAAGAAGGACGACGACAAGGAGAAUUAUACCAGGGCACCGAAAUAAAUAUAUUUUUUCCAACCCUUCAGCUCUAAACAAGACCCAAGACAUUUAACGUCUCACAGAACUCAGGUUAACAGAUCCAUGAAUUAGAUUUUGCAUUCAUAUGACAGAAAUUUGUUAUAUUUCUGGUAUUUUUAAUAUCAAAAUUUGUGUUAUCUCUUGACUUGGGGACUUUGUAAAGGUUUGUCCGUGAAACAUGCUUUAGUAAAUUCAUUGUAUUUACUUUAUUAGUACCCUUAGUACUAAUAAGUAUUUUUGUUUGUUUUUAGCUGCUUUCAGAAAUGAGCUUUUUGUCAUUAUCAUUACAAAGCUUUUGCAUUCUGCUCCCUGUCUAUUUUGUUACAAUUUUGAUUGCUCUUUAUAUAUAUAUUUUUUUAUACCAUGUUACUUUUUGAUCUAAAAAUUCUGAACAUUUAGGGACGUUUUCAAGGUUUCUGCACAGUCAUUAUGAAUGACAAAAUAGUGCCAAGAAAAACUGCCAUGAGUUAUUUUUCCUUGAAUACAGAAAGUCUUCCUGGACCAA